GUUGGAGGACAGCUCAAUCACUGCGGGGUAGAUACGCGAAGUUACCCUCAAACAGACCUUAUCCUGCAUUUCAAGUGCAUUUCUGCGGAUUUUGGUGUAUAUCAGGCCUUAGAGUAAUUGUUAAAAAUGAGCACCUUAGUCCUUGGAUUAGUCUUCUUUCGUCCUCAGAAUGAGAGACAUUACGGUGCCUGAGAAUGCCAGCAGGUGAAAGUGAAGACCGGGCAAAGACCCGGGAGAGAUUCAAUGAAGUGUUGAAGAAAUACAGUGAACCAGACAAGAGGAAGUCGAAGAAGAAAAGCACUGAAGCAAAGGAGACUAUUGUGCUCCAGAAUCUAAAAAAGAAUCUCAACCUUGAGAAGGACACAGAAGAUGAUGAGACCAUCCUCCAGAAUACGUAUGAUCCUGAACAUGGCAGCCCUCGCUUCACCAAGAACAAAAGGAGAGAAAAGGAAAUUGCAGAAAAGGUUAAUGUCAACAACAGCAGGAACCAAGAGGAGAUUAAAACACCCAAAGCUAAGAAGAAGAGUAAGAGAGACCUUCCCUCCCUUCCUGCACCUGAGGACAUCAUAAGUUACAUUGAGAAGGAUGCAGAUGCUUCAAAAUCUGAGGUUGCUUUGGACUCGGAUGAUGUUGGUGGUGGAAAAGAAUCAAAGCGGAAAAGUAAGAAGGGAAAAAGUAAAAAAGAUACAGAGGCUAAAGCAGAGAGUCAGGUGGAAGAUGCAGAGGAUAAGCUGCUGCAUGAAUACCAGCAGCAAAUAGCACAGGAGGAGGAGAGGACUUUUAAGAAGACGAGGGUCAAAGCCGAAGACGAGAGCGUUGUCUCACAAAAUGUUACGCUGAACAAUGAUGUGGGGAAGAAGAAAAAGAAAAAGCUGAAAUCUGUAGUCACAGAGUCAGAUGUGGGGGAUCAAGAUGAAGAGGCAGCUCAGGAUGCUGAUGUGGAAAACGAAACAGAAUCCAAGGGAAAGAAGAAAAAGAAGAAGAAAAAGCACGUUGUCAAAGAAGAGAGUGACACAGAGCCAGAAGCACCAGAGAAACCAACAUUUGAUGACAGCCUUGUUCUGGCAGUGUUUAUCCACAGAGCAGAUCACCUCAAGACGGGCAGACUGAUCUCACACCCCAUGGUGAAGGUCCAUGUUGUUGAUGAAAACACGGGACAAUAUGUGAAGAAAGAAGACUGCCACAGGCAAGUCUCCUCGUUUUAUGAACAUGAAAAUGUCGACCACAUUAUCCCCAUCAUGACUCAGCCUUUUGAUUUCAAGAAGAACAAGUCAAUCAUCCCAGAGUGGCAGGAACAGAUCAUCUUCAACGAGCGAUUUGGUUACUUUGUUCAGCAAAAUGAAGACAGCCCCAAAGUCAUACUCCUCUUUGAAAUCCUGGAUUUUGUAACUAUGGAAGAAGCAAGAGCCAAUGUUGACGUCGACAAGCACGAGCGAGGAUUCAAGAAGAUUGCAUGGGCGUUUCUCAAGCUUGUUGGCACAAAUGGCGUGCUGAAUAUUGACAGCAAACUUCGCCUCCAACUCUUCUGCCCUCCACCUCGGGCAAAGAGACAACCUAAAACGGUGGAGGUGGUUGAGUGGUGGAGGAAGCACCCGAGAAUCAAAUACGCAUCCACCCUUUAUGUUACAGUGAAAGGCAUUAAACUCCCUGAACAUGUGGAUCCAAGUAUCCGAUCUAUGAUGGCACUGCAGGAAGAGAGAGGCAGCACCUCCUACAGUGAACUACAGAAUGAAGUCACCAAGAGAACCCUGACACAACCUCUGGACAGCAAACCGCCUGUCUUGAGAUGGAGCAGGCUGCCUGGUCAGAUCUGUCGGAUUCCUAAUAAGUCUGUGCUGAUGUUCCGUGGUGGUCAGAUGGGCUGCUUCACGGUACUCUUCUCUCAUGCUGGAACUGUAUUGGCUGCUGCUUGUGCUGACAGAGAUGCUUUCCCUGUUGUAGUGUAUGAGAUUCCUUCUGGCAAGGUUUUGGCUGCCUUCAGUGGCCAUCUGAAAAUAGUUUACGAUCUCUGCUGGUCCAGAGAUGAUCGGAGCCUUUUGUCAGCCUCCUCAGAUGGAACUGUGAGAGAGUGGAACGUGGAGAAGCUUCAGGGAACAGCCCAGAAGGUUCUCCCUCACCCCUGCUUUGUGUAUUGUGCUCAGUACCACCCCACAUCCCAGAACCUGGUGGUCACUGGGGGCUACGACGGUCUGGUUCGAGCGUGGAGGCUCGAUGUCAGCGAUGUGAACGGUCAGCUGCUGCAGGAGUUUGAGGGUCACAGCAGUUUCAUCAACACCGUUUGUUUUGACUCUGAAGGAAGGAGAAUGUUCUCUGCAGACAACAAGGGCUUAAUCAUCGUGUGGAAAACGUCAGUAAGUGAGAGCAGACAGCGGCAGCAGCCAUCCCACAACUGGUGCAUAGAGAAGAAAAUUGAUGAGAGCGACCUCAGCGGUGUCCCCAUCAACAUGCUGCAGCUCCAUCCAAACGGGCGGUGUCUGCUCAUACACGCCAAAGACAGCGUUCUGAGGAUGAUGGAUUUGAGAAUUCUGGCUGUAAAGAAGUACACUGGAGCCACAAACUACAGAGAGAGGAUUUACAGCACUUUUACUCCAUGUGGGAACUUCAUCUUUUCCGGCAGUGAGGAUGGGAUGGCGUACGUCUGGAAUACCGACACAGGUGACCAGGUUGCUGUGUACUCUGAGCUUUGUUACCGCACCGCUCUCCACGGCGUCGCUUUCCAUCCUCACGAGAACAUGGCGGCGUUCAGUGCCUUCGGUCAGAACCAGCCUAUCCACGUGUACCUGUACAAUCGUAAAGUUUCCCAGCUGGAGGUGCACAGUAUAAAAACGGCGAGCAUGUUGACUUCUACAGACACCAAAACCGUCAGAAACACUCCAGACCCUCCAGCCUUGCAGGACACAUCUGCAUCUUCAGCCAUGGAUGACUUUGCUCACGCAGCAAGACUUGCACUGAAAAUGCAGAGUGUCAAGGAACAGCUGGAUUCUGUUCUAGAAACGCAUCACAGAUCUUCAACGUCUGGAUUGAUCUAUGAGCCAGACAGAAUGAGCAUGACUCACACGGGGAGGAGCUUUACAUCAGACACUGGCAUGACGGGAUUAAACGCCUCACUGCCGCCUCCAUCUCUGCUGUCGCCGCACUCCAAGCUGCAGCUCUCUGGUUCUCUAGCGGAGCAGCUUAUUCCUCAGGCGGCUCUGAUCACACAAAACCGCGGGUUCAUGCCAGUGGCUCAGCGUUUAAAAGGAGCUUCAUCUUUGAGGACCCUCCCUGACAACAUCUCUUCAGGCUCAAAUGUGGAAACAGACUCUGCCCCUGUUCAACAAGUAGUUGUUUGCCUGUACGACUACAGAGCCAAUCGGUCGGAUGAACUGACAACACGUCGCGGCGACGUCAUCCAAGUGCUGUACAAAGACAACGACAACUGGUGGUUUGGACGUUUGGUCAACGGGCAGCAGGGAUAUUUUCUUGCUUCUUAUGUUGCAGAUCAGAGAGAUUUCAAUGAAGAGUUCAGUCAGUCUGCAGAGGCACAGGCAGCUUUGUCAGAGGGGACUAUUGACAGGUCGACACCAACCAGGGUAUCUGCUGCAAUUAGUUCUUCUGGGGAACUCAGGUUUCUUUCUGAGCCGACCCUCUCUGACACCGAGCCCGAGCUGACUGACGCCAGGACUAGAAGGAAAAAGAAGGUGAAGAAGCCAGGAGUCCCUGCAGCUUCUUCUCAGGCCACAUUUUCAGAUGCAGAUGCUUUGGGCUCCAUAAGCAGCAGGAGGAGAGUCAGAUCGACAGGCAGACCUCUGCCCAAGAGGCCGACGGGUCAGACCAACGGUGCCUUUGAGCCUGAUGCAUAAAGUCAUGAACACGCUAAUUCUGUGUGCACACGCAGAAUCCAAUCCUGUCUUGCAAGCUUGUUGUAUUUUUUCUCUUUGGUUCUUAGAUGCUUUUUUUGUAAUAUUUGAACAGCCACUAUGUUUGUAUUCUGUAUUGUAUUUAUCAGUUUGCUCAGUAAAUUUGUUUUAUAAAGAUUUUUGCUCACAUCAAGAAUGCAUAAAUGCUGUCAACUCUUUUUGUAUGUUUUACAGUUAAAGUAAUUCAUAUAUGAUGAUUGGAAAUCAGCUGUUACACAUUGCUGUUGAUAUAGGAUAAAAAACAUCUGUAUUAUUAGACCUAUUUUUACAGCCUGUCGGAGAUUCGUAUAAGACACUUCACAACAUUAAAAGUAUUAUUCAAUUAA